ACUGCUCCAAUGUGUAACUGUUUAAGAAAUAUAGAAACUCCUGUAAAGUAUCUUGCGCGCCACUCCAGGCCGCAGGGUGGCGAUAAUGUGCACCGAUCCCUCCAUUUAAACGGAAGAGGCCACAGAAGAAGAGGAGCAGGACUAUUGAGGUUGCAAAAAGGAAGAAAAAGAGCAACAAGACCGAGCAACUUGAAUCAACUUUCCGACGAGCUACACCUGAUGGUUGCAUUCUAAACCUGACCAGCCCAUUGAUAAGCAGAAUGAGUAGCGGGGGAACUGUGGAUAGUGGGAAACCACCAAAGAUUGGCUCUGUAGUGGAAGUGAUAGGAAAGGGUCAGCGUGGCACUGUCGCCUUCAUUGGAGCAACCCUCUUUGCCUCUGGGAAAUGGGUGGGCGUCAUACUGAAUGAAGCCAAAGGCAAAAAUGACGGCAGCGUGCAGGGGAAGCGCUACUUCACCUGUGAAGAAAACCAUGGCAUUUUUGUCCGGCAGACUCAGAUCCAGGUGGUGGACGACGGCUCCGGCGCCACCUCUCCCGACACUCCCGAGGCCGGCGCUUCCAGGAUCCUCAGACAAAAAGAGAUUGCAGAGACUCCCAAAACAUCUAAACAGACACCGAUAAGCACAAAGAAGUCCUCUACCCGUCGUUCUGUCAAGUGGAGCACGCCAAAGCGUCUGGCGCCGGCCACUUCCCUCCCCUCCCUCUUGGUACGCCCCCCCGGCCGCUCCAGCCUGCCGCUCACGGCAUCUCGUGAGAGUCUGUCGUCUGGCGAUGUCAGUGAAGUGGGCCUAUCCCCCCACCAGGGUGCGCUGGGUGCUCCUAUCACUCCUCAGCUUGGUGGGACGUUGACCGAGGUAACCGCAACUUCUGCUCCAGCUACUCCGAGCAAGGAGGAGGAAUCGCUGCGUGCGCAGGUCAAGGACCUGGAGGAGAAGCUGGAGACGCUGAAAGCGAAGCGAAUGGAGGAUAAGGCCAAGCUGAAGGAGCUGGAGAAGCACAAGAUCCAACUGGAGCAACUGCAUGAGUGGAAGACCAAAAUGCAGGAGCAGCAGGCUGAGCUACAGAAGCAACUCAAAGAAGCCAAGAGGGAAGCACGUGAUGCUCAGGAGGCAAAAGACCGCUACAUGGAAGAGAUGUCAGACACCGCGGAUGCCAUCGAGAUGGCCACUCUAGACAAAGAGAUGGCUGAAGAGCGAGCAGAGUCACUGCAGGUGGAGGUGGACACGCUAAAGGAGAAAGUGGAGGAGCUCUCCAUGGACCUGGAGAUCCUUAGACACGAUAUUUCAGAGAAAGGCUCAGAUGGUGCUGCCUCCAGUUACCAUGUUAAACAGCUAGAGGAGCAGAACAGCAAACUGAAGGAGGCCUUGGUCAGGAUGCGUGACCUGUCUGCCUCUGAGAAGCAGGAGCAUGUGAAGCUUCAGAAGCAGAUGGAGAAGAAGAACACUGAAAUGGAGACCCUGAGGACUCAGAAGGAAAAACUGCAGGAGGAAGUCAAGCAGGCCGAGGCCACAGUGGAUGAACUGAAAGAGCAGGUGGAUGCUGCCCUGGGAUCAGAGGAGAUGGUCGAGACUCUGACAGAGAGGAACCUCGACUUGGAGGAGAAAGUCAGAGAGCUGAGAGAAACUGUUACCGAUCUGGAGGCGAUCAAUGAAAUGAACGACGAGCUGCAGGAGAACGCCAGGGAGACCGAAAUGGAGCUGAGGGAGCAGCUGGACCUGAGCGCGGUAAAGGUCCGAGAGGCAGACAAGAGGGUGGAGGCUGCCCAGGAGACGGUGGCCGAUUACCAGCAGACCAUCAACAAAUACAGAGAGCUCACCAGCAGACUGCAGGAGGCCAACAAAGAGCUAAUGACCCAGCAGAAUGAAAGUAGCGAACAAGUCCACCAACCUCCCACAGAGCUGUUUGACUUCAAGAUUAAGUUUGCAGAGACAAAGGCGUACGCCAAGGCCAUUGAGAUGGAGCUGAGGAAAAUGGAAGUGGCUCAGCUGAACCGGGAGGUGUCCCUGCUCACCUCCUUCAUGCCAGAGUCCUUCCUCCGUCACGGUGGAGACCGCGACUGCAUACUGGUCCUCCUGCUCAUCCCUAGGAUCAUUUGCAAGGCUGAGCUAAUCAGCAAACAGGCGCAGGAGAAGUUCGAUUUGAACGGGAACCUGGCCCAAGGCACGGCACUCAAAGGGCCUCCUGGGGAACAACGCAGUUUUGCCUCUGGAUUAGUGUACUCGCUCAGUUUGCUGCAGGCCACCUUGCACAAAUACGAACAAGCUUUGAGUAUGUGCUCAGUGGAGGUUUUUAAGCACAUGGGUACGCUCUACUCUGAAAUGAUCUUUCACGAGCGCUCUCUAGAUUAUUUCAUCGACCUGCUGCACAAAGACCAGUUGGAUGAGACCGUUCAGGUGGAACCGCUGACCAAGGCAAUCAAGUAUUACCAGCAAUUGUACAGUGUUCAUCUAGAACAAGAUCACAAAGAGGACUGCACUGUGCAACUGUCUGAUCACAUCAAGUUUACCCAGAGUGCCCUGGGCUGUAUGGGAGUCGAGUUAGCUCGUCUGCGGGCGUUCCUCUCGACGGGUCAGCAGAACUCAGAGCUGGCUGUUCUCCUGAAGGACCUGGACACGUCCUGCUCAGACAUCAAGCAGUUUUGUAAGAAGAUCCGCCGCCGAAUGCCUGGAACAGAUGCCGUCGGAGCCCCAGCUGCUCUCAAUUUCGGGCCACAGGUGUCUGAGGCGCUGACCGAGGGCAGACGGCAGCUGACCCGCGUAGUGGCAGUGCUCCAGGAGGUGGCGGCAGCCGGCGCUCAGAUGUUCGCAACGCUGACUGAGCAGGAAGGACUGAAUGCUCUCAAACUGGAGGAUACGGCAUGCCAGGCUGUGAAGCAGGUGUACGGUGCUCAUGGUCUUAAUGGCACAGAAUGCCUGCGUCAAUCUUGCAGUGCUAUUGUUGCUACUAUGAACAAGAUGGCCACUGCCAUGCAGGAAGGAGAGUAUGAUGCAGAUAAACCACAGGGCAAGAGUCCUCCAGUGGAAAUGAGAGCAGCCACGGUUAGAGCAGAGAUAACUGAUGCUGAGGGCCUCGGAGUCAAAUUGGAGGACAGAGAAAUGGCAAUUAAGGAGCUCAAAAAGUCCCUCAAGAUCAAGGGAGAAGAGCUGAGUGAGGCCAGUGUCCGUCUGAGCCUGCUGGAGAAGAAGCUGGACACGUCCACCAAAGAUGCGGAUGAACGUGUGGAGAAGAUCCAAAGCAAACUGGACAAGAACCUAGACCUGCUGAAGAAGAAAGAAAAGGAAUUUGAGGAGACAAUGGAUGCUCUCCAAGCUGACAUCGACCAACUGGAAGCGGAAAAAGCUGAGCUGAAACAGCGCAUCAAUAACCAAUCAAAGAUGACCAUCGAGGGCUUGCGAGGUGUGCCUGCUUCUGGAAUGGCCUCCGUUCUUCAGGGACCAGCAGGAGUCGGUUUGUCCUCAUCGCUGGCAGGACCAAUGCAGGUGGUGGACUCUCCUCUUCUGCAGCAACAGCUUGAAGCUCAGAGACUGGGCAUUAAACGCCUCAAGACUGAAAACAUCAGACUUAAGGCAGAGAAGAUGAGUGCCCAGCUGGCCGCCCUGCCUCCACUCUGCCCCCCCAAACUGCCCCAGGUGACUAACGAGAGUUACACGCCACCAGAGGGAUUGAAUAUUGGCAUCUACCGCCGGACAGACCAGCUGCUGGCGACGCUUCUCAAGCUGAGUGCAGAAGUCAAAGUGGUGGACAUAACCGGGAAGACGUCAGUCAGCGCCAGCGCCCAACUGCUGGAGCAGACCGCUCGGCUGCAUAACCUCAGCAACGCUCUAGCCAAACUCAAGGGUGAAGUAGCUGAACAUGUUGUGUCCCAUCAACCUGGAGCAAAAGCUGCUUCCGACUUUGCAACCUUCCCAGUCUCCUCGUUCGUCAAGGCAAAAGAAGAGAAGAAGGGCGGGACUGUGUUUGUGGGACGUGUCGCCAUUCCUUGCACUCGUGGACAGGAACAAGUCCACCGUCUGGUGCUGUCGCAGCAGCAACUGCAACAAGUGCACCGCCUCCUCAUGGUGUGAAGGAGCUUGCUGAUUCUUGUAUUCUUGUUCCUACUUCAAGUUUGUAUUAAGACCUGAUUAGCACUAAUGACAUAUUGAUAAAGAAGUGAUCAUUUGGAAAAGCCAUAAAUGAUACAUUUUUAUCAUGCUUUCAAUUUACAGGGGAAAUUACAUUUCUUGAAGCAUUUAUACUCUACUUUCCCCAAAUACUUCCCCCUUGUUUGUUGUAUGCACAAUUCCUCUAAUAAAAGCAACCACUUGUUGAA